AUGGGACUCUUGGUAUUUGUACGCAAUCUGCUGCUAGCCCUCUGCCUUUUUCUGGUACUGGGAUUUUUGUAUUAUUCUGCGUGGAAGCUACAUUUAUUCCAGUGGGAGGACUCCAAUUCAGUGGUUCUUUCCUUUGACUCCGCUGGACAAACACUAGGCUCAGAAUAUGAUCGGUUGGGCUUCCUCCUGAAGCUGGACUCUAAACUGCCUGCUGAGUUAGCCACCAAGUACGCAAACUUUUCAGAGGGAACUUGCAAGCCUGGCUAUGCUUCAGCCUUGAUGACUGCUAUCUUCCCCCGGUUCUCCAAGCCAGCACCCAUGUUCCUGGAUGACUCCUUCCGCAAGUGGGCUAGGAUCCGGGAAUUUGUGCCACCUUUUGGGAUCAAAGGUCAAGAUAAUCUGAUAAAAGCCAUCUUGUCCGUCACCAAAGAGUACCGCCUGACCCCUGCCUUGGACAGCCUCAGCUGCCGCCGCUGCAUCAUCGUGGGCAAUGGAGGUGUCCUUGCCAACAAGUCUCUGGGGUCACGAAUUGAUGACUAUGACAUUGUGGUCAGACUGAACUCUGCACCAGUGAAAGGCUUUGAGAAGGACGUGGGCAGCAAAACUACACUGCGCAUCACCUACCCUGAGGGUGCCAUGCAGCGGCCUGAGCACUAUGAACGUGACUCUCUCUUUGUCCUCGCUGGCUUCAAGUGGCAGGACUUCAAGUGGUUGAAGUAUAUCGUCUACAAGGAGAGAGUGAGCGCGUCAGAUGGCUUCUGGAAAUCUGUGGCCACUCGGGUGCCCAAGGAACCCCCUGAGAUUCGCAUCCUCAACCCAUAUUUCAUCCAGGAAGCCGCCUUCACCCUCAUCGGACUGCCUUUCAACAACGGCCUCAUGGGCCGCGGGAACAUCCCGACCCUCGGCAGUGUGGCAGUGACCAUGGCACUACACGGCUGUGAUGAGGUGGCAGUUGCAGGCUUCGGCUACGACAUGAGCACACCCAAUGCACCCCUGCACUACUACGAGACCGUGCGCAUGGCGGCCAUCAAAGAGUCCUGGACGCACAACAUUCAGCGAGAGAAAGAGUUUCUGCGGAAGCUGGUGAAAGCGCGUGUCAUAACUGACCUAACCAGUGGCAUCUGAGGUGGACCCAGCACAUGGCCACAGAAGUCCAGCUUCUGCCACCACCACCUGCCCACUUCAUUGGCCUCGGUCUGGCUCUGCCUGAGAGAUGCGGGAGCCUUCAGACCCAGAGAAGGACAGUGCCAAGUGGCCCCAGGGGUGGUGAGGCCUCGGUGGGGCAGCCAGAGUUGUGUCUGCUCAGAGGCCAGCCUCAGAGACCAGCACUAGGCCUCACUCUCAGCCUCGGUCCUUGAAGCCAGAGGGCCAGGAGGCCACUGGCCAUGCCCAGCGGGCCCAGCAUGCAGGAGGCGGACAUUAGGCAGCAAGGCUGCUGCCAGAAUCAUUUCUCCAAUCAGUGUUCGGUGUAUUAUCAUUUUGUGAAUUUGGGGUGGGGGGAGGGUAGGGAUAAUUUAUUUUUCAAUAAGGUUGGAGAUGUCAAGUUUGGUCUACUGACCAUGCAGAAGACCCACUAAAGGGCCCCUCAGGCAGUGGUACCAGUGGGCUCCCCGUAGAGUGGGAGUGCCAGGACUAGCCUGUGCCCUGCUCUGGGGCUACAGGGAGAUGGGCAGGAUCUCAGGCCAGCCCCUUCCAGCUCAUGA